AUUUCCUAGAAAUUGUAAACAACAGAAAACGAGAGACGAAUUAAAGGAGCGUUGAGUUUUUUCUCCUCUUGUUCUUCGAUUCAUUAUUAGCAGCUGAAGAGGGGCAUACAAUUAGUAGUGAUGGAGGGAGGGAAACGCAUUGUGAAGCACAUAUUGCUGGCAAAAUUCAAAGAUGAAAUCACAGAAGAUCAGAUCGACAAACUCAUCAAGGGCUAUGCCAAUCUCAUCAAUCUCAUCGAACCUAUGAAGGCUUUCCAGUGUGGCAAGGAUGUUAGCAUUGAAAAUCUACACCAAGGUUUCACUCACGUCUUUGAAUCCACCUUCGAGAGUACACAGGGCAUAGCAGAGUAUAUAUCUCAUCCAGCACAUGUGGAAUUUGCAAACUUGUUCCUUGCUUCCUUGGACAAGGUCAUCGUUAUCGACUACAAACCGACCUUAAUUCACAGCUAAUUUGGAGGCCAAUAUAUGGUUUGCUCCUUUCAUUUUGGCAUUUGUAUUAUGCAGUGUAAUAAGCUCAUCUCCACUGUCUUGAUGUAGUACUCGGAAGGGUUUUGUUUUAUUUGUAUUUACUCCUGUAUACGCUCUGUUCUGCUGCUUUCUGAUGCAAGCUGCAGAUUGAGCUUAAUUAUGAACAUGAUGAUACUGUUUGAGUUUCUAAUGAACAAAUCUCUGAUGAGAUCUCGUUCUUGGUGUUCUA